AUGCAGACGAAAUAUACUGUGCGCAUCUUUUUUCGGAGCGUGCUUUUUCAGAUGGUGUUGUUUGGAGCCCUCUCCCUCGUCGGCCCGGCCAUGUCCGACGCCAUCACGAACCUGGGCGGCGGCGGUCUCUCCUCGCCCUGGCUCGCCAACCUCGCCAACUCGCUGUCUUAUGCCUGCAGCUUUCUGAGCACGAUUAUUGGAGGCCCGCUCAUCAAUAGGAUUGGAAUUAAGUGGGCGUGCUUGAUUGCGGCGGUGGCGAUGCCGUUGCAUGGGAGUGCGUAUUAUGUUAAUGCGAGGUUUAAAGUGCAGUGGUAUUUGCUGGCUGCGAAUGUCGUAAAUGGGGUUGCGUCUGGUUUCCUCUAUGUGGGUGAGACGACGGCUAUGCUGUCGUAUCCACGACCGGAAGAUAGAGGUCUUUACCUCGGUAUAUGGUCCGCUAUGCGCAGCACAGGCAGCGUCAUCGGCGGCGCAAUCAACUUCUCGACCAACCAUUCGCGAUCGACCGGUGGCGGAGUCGCCUGGUCCACGUAUCUGAUCUUCGUGGCCUUUGAAUGUACCGGAGCUAUCUGGGCCCUGCUCCUCUCUAAGACAUCCAAGGUGCGGCGCCGCGACGACAGCAAAGUUCAAAUAUCCGAAAUGCACACGUGGAAGCAGGAGUUCGUUGCUCUGGGACGGUAUCUGAAGGAACCAAAGACCUGGCUUGUCUUCAUCCCAGCCUUUUACUCCUUCUUCUACGGCGGAACAAUGGGCACCUAUCUCUCGCUGCACUUUUCGGUCCGCGCACGCGCGCUUUCGUCGCUCAUCGUGCCAUCUCUGACCAUCCCCUCCGUCAUCAUCUUCGGCAAAGUCCUCGACAGCCAGCGGUGGUCGCAGCGUCGCAGAGCCUGGGCCGCUUUCUUGCUAUGGGUCAUCCCGCAGAUUGCAUGCUUUAUUUGGGUGUGCAUUGAAAGCCAUCAGUUGGGGAGGAAUGCGGCGUUGGAUUACAAUAUCCACACUGCCCGCUGGGCUAAAGCCUACAUCCCCUACCUAGUCAUCUUUGUCUCUGGCUACUGGACCCAACUCACCAUCUACUGGAUCCUGUCUACCUUCUCCAACGAAGCUCAAGUCGCCUCCCGCGCCGGCGGCGUCUUCCGUGCCUUCGAGGUCGCGGGCCAGGCCGUGAGUUAUGGUCUCAGCUCCAGCAAGACUAUUGGGCCGGAGAUCAGCUUGUAUAUCAAUUGUGCGGUGCUGGUGCUUAUGAUCCCGAGUAUGGUUGUUUUGAUUGGGAAGGUGCCGAGGAGGCCGGUAGUGGAUAUGUUAGUAGUAGAGGCGGAGGCGGAGGCGGAGGCGGAGGCAGAGGUGGUACAGGGGAAGGAUUGA